GGUCACGGUGCGCGCGGGGUCGGAGCCCGGCCGGCCGGGCUCCGAGUUCCCUACUACCACCCAGAAUCAGACUCCUGGCCCCGCCCCGGAAGCCAAGAAGGGGGCGCGGGCCCGGAGGCAGGAAGCCCUGCUGGAGGAGCGCCGGGGACGCGGGCGGUGCUGUUGCCGGUGAGGCUCCGCGUGGUUGCCGCGCGUCCCACCUCGCCCUUCUCCUACAGGUCGGCACCGGUCUGGUCGCGCCAGGACGGCGCGGGGUCCCCGAGGGCUGCGGCGGCUGAGAAUCGGGAGCUCUGGGCUGGGCACGCGCCCGCGGGGCCGCGCCGGGGCGUCCCAGGCCCUCAUCCACCCCCAGCCGGCGGAGUCUGGAGGACCCGGGAAUUAAAGCUGAACUCCCAUUCAGGACAAACAGACCUAUAAUUCCUGGUGUGAUGAGAGAGUGGGAUUUGCUGUCCUGAAGUCAUUAAGCUUGGGCCCUGGUUCCUCUUCAUGAGAGACUAGGGAGAUGGAAGACUUAAAAUCUGAGAAUAAAAAAAGGGUGCUUCCCGCAUGGAUGACAGCCCAGGUGGCUGAAAAGAGGACGGUGCAGGUGAAGACCCCCAAGAGGAGAACAGCCACGGUGCCAGUGGCUGCAGCAAGACUUCCUGCCAUGAGGACUGUGUACUGCAUGAAUGAAGCUGAAAUCGUAGACGUUGCUCUGGGGAUCCUGAUUGAGGGGCUGUCUGCCAGAGACAUGCGAUUCUGUGAUGCCACGUGGUAUGUAUGCCAACGAAGUCCGCUGCCACCGUACCUGUGUCCCACCGUGCAUGUGCUGAUGAUGGGCUCCAAUGGCAGACUUGUGCUCUGCAGUGCAGACCAGAUACACACAAGAGGCUCUAAAAGGUGGAAAGAAGAAGGCAGAUGAUGAGGGACUUCAGCGGCGGAAGAGGAGCAUGAUGAUCAUGUUCCGGGUAUACCGAACAGAAGGAAAUGACUCCUUCAGGAGAGAUGUAUAGUUAAGGUUUAAAUCCCAUCCAGCUAAGGAACACCGAUAAUUUCCCACAAUCACACCAUCUGGAUUCAGCAUGAGUACCACCUUGAAGAUGAAAGUGUCCCGGAGCAACUGUGUAUCACUUGAGUCUCCUAAAAUAUAAUCUAGGAAGCCCUUCAUGAUCCAAAAGCUGUGGUUUCUCCUGGAUGUACCCUUGCAGUCAAAAUCAUGGCCUUUCGCUUUCUUGACUCACUGUUCUUCAAGGGGGUAGUAAUCGUUAAAACAUACACCAUGUUCCUAGUAAUUGUGUGGCACAAGACACGUAUUUUACAAAGCUUUGACUGUACUGGGUCAUUAUUGAUGCUAGAAAGGUAUUCUUGCAGGUUUGUGUAAGUGUAUGGAUAGCAGGUAUCUUUAUUGUGUGGAAAUUGAAAUGUCCAUGUAAGAGAAAUAAUGGCACCCGUCUUGCCCCUGGUUGCUUCUAUAAUACUUCAUUUGGUCUCCUAUUCUCUGCCAGCCAAUAUUAUGAGCGUUGGCCUCGUUUUCAGAAUAAAACAGUGGGUGCAUACCCCGAUUAUAAAGACUAGCAGGCUUGGUGAAAUGGAUAAUAGUGAAUCUGUAGUCUAUUCCUGCUUGGGUAUUAGUGACUUGGAAGUAGUACCACUGGGUGUGUUUAUUUGUGAACAGGUCAGGGCACAGUCAGCUGGUAUUCAUAUUCUGCCCUAAGACACAAAAAAAGGAAGGGGAAAAAAAGCACAUAAAAAUGUAAAAAUGACAUUCAAGUUUAAAUUAAAUAAUAAAAGUAAUAAUAAAUAGACAAAUAAUAAACUACCUAUUCACAGAAAGCUUUUUAUUUGGGAAACAACAUUUAUUUAGGCAAUGUCCAAUAAGCAAGUAAUUGUAAAAAAUCAAAGUUUUGAAGCUUUCUCUUUUAUUGGAUGCAAAACUGCUUCUAUGUGAAUUCUAAAGUCUUUUUACUCCUUUGUAAUUCAAGAGAGCACAUAAAAAAAUGGGCAUUUGACAAAAAUUAUAUAUGUCAACCCGGUUAUGUUUCCUAUAAAAGAAGUGAUUAAAGAGUUCUUAAAUUUUUAAGAAUUCAAGUCCAAUGUUUCUUUUUUUACUUCAGACAUAUAUUUCUGUUUUACAUUAGAUUCUAGCUCUAAGAAUCUGAAAUACCUAUCACUAAGAAAGGUUAAAAACCUAUAUAAAUUACUGUAAGCAUAUGGAUUAUAAAACUGUAAACUCUGAGAGGACAGGAACUGUAUUUCAUAACUGUUUGCAUCCCCCAUACUUAAUCACUGAAGAUACUUAAAGGCAAAAAUAAUUUCAUUAGUACAUUACUUACAUAUCUAACAAUUUUACCUGGUUAGUUGUGACUUUUUUUACCAAGUACUUCCUAUUCUAUCAGCAUUAUGCACUUAUUGUGUGUGUAUAUGUGUUUGUGUGUGUAGUUAUAAACAGUGAACUAGGAAAUGAAUGUUGUAAAACCUUGAGAGCCAUUGAAUCUAGGUGAUGGGUAUAUGAUAGUUAAUGUAGAACUGUAUUAUGCUCUGUACUUAAGUGUAUGUUUAAAAUUUUUCAUUAAAAAAUUUUUUAAAAAAUA